GUGGUGUGUUUCCGGUCGUUAACGCGUGAGGAGGCUAACGGCUCCGUUUGUUUUUAGCGAGCAGGCUAACAGAGCUAGCAUAGUGCUAGCAGGCUGCUUACUGAUGGAGAUGGAAGAGGAACCGUUAAAUCCUCAGGACGUCGAGCGGGCCCGAGCGUUCUGGUGUGAGGAGGACGUGGACCAGGUGUUCCACGGAGUCUACGAAUACCUGGAUCACCUGAAGAGGGUCCUCAAGAAGAACACAGCCACCGACAAAGAGUAUGUCCAGGGCCUGAAGCUGCUGGAGUGUCUCAACUGUCCUCCAAUGUCCUCUCAGGACUCGUCUGUGGUCCAAGUGGUCAUCGGCUCAGGUGAGCUACUGCCUGCAGACUUCACCCACCACAGCUCCUCCUCCUCCACCUGCACCUCCCCUGUCCCCCCCUCUGUCUCUACAGCUCCACCCACAGGACGGGAGGAGCUACUGCCUCCACUGACCCCCAUCCACCUGCAGUACCUGCUCCACCCCUGCUCCCAGUCGUGCCUGCCCAGUCUACCCAGCAUGCCUCAGUGCACCCCUGCGUUCUGGGGUCAGAACCCCCUGAAGGUUCCGCUGCUCUGUGGCUUUAAGAGGCUGAGCGCCAUGCCCAUGAUGUCAUCGAGGGUGGACGGCGAGGGGGCGGAGCUCACGGUCUGUGAAGACGUGGACAAAGACAUGGAAGACUGGGACGUCGUUUACAAAGCCCCAUGUGGACAGAGCCUCCGUAACCAUGACGACGUGAUGCGUUUCCUGUUGGCCACAGAGAGCUACGAUAUCCUGCAGGUGGACUUCUUCACCUUCAACCCGUCCAUCCGGUUGGACCCGCCCCCGCCGGCGGGACCCCAGCGGCCAGAGAUGGACUUGAGCCGGGGGGCGGAGCCUACGCCGGUGCAGCUGUGCGUUGGGGACGGCAGCGCCCGGCCGGCAGACUUCCGUUACAGGAAGGACCGCUGGCCACACGGCUGCUUCCUGACCCGCAGCCCGACGCUGUUCGACGUCUGCUGUGACUGCACCGAUGGCUGCAGCGACGCUCAGCACUGCGCCUGUGUGGCCAUGACCAGAGGAGGGCGGAGCUACAACCACCACAGGCUGACAGAGCCUGUACCGUCAGGCGUGUACGAGUGCGGCCCGUGGUGCGGCUGCGUUCGGGCUCGCUGUCAGAACCGGCUGGUCCAGAGGGGGAUCAAAGUCCGCCUCCAGGUCUUCCAGACCGACGGGUGUGGCUGGGGCGUCCGUUGCCGUGACGACCUGGACCGUGGCACAUUUGUGUGCAUGUACGCAGGUGUGAUGCUGCGGAGGGUACAGAGUCCCGCCGAGGCUCCGCCCCCGAAGCUGACAAGGGCGGACCUUCCCUCAGACGACGAGGUGGAGGUUGUCACUGAGUGGCUUGCUCCGCCCGUGCUGGAGAGUCGGAGCAACCUGCUGGAGCAGCCUAUGUCCACCCCCACCUCGCCACCCCUGCACGUCCCCGUCAUCCAGAGACCCGCUGACACCGCUGCUGCCGCCAGUACGCCACAGGACAGAGACAAGACGGUGUUGGUCGGAGCACCGCCACCGCUGUCUCCAUCAGCGGGGGAGUCAGGUGGCCACUCUCCAGGUCAGGACAACAAUGUCACCAUGACGCCUGCCUGUCCCCAGGGGGUGGCACCGCAAGUCCACGGUGUGAACGGCACCGAGAGCCACAAGAGUCUAAAGAGAGCCAUGAAGGUGGAUGACAUCUACGUCCUGGACGCCAGCAAGGAGGGGAACGUCAGCCGCUUCAUCAACCACAGCUGUCAGCCCAACCUGUUCAUCCAGAACAUCUUCACCGACUGUCACGACCCCGCCUUCCCCAUCAUCGCCUUCUUCACCAGCAGGGCGGUGAAGGCCGGCACGGAGCUGACCUGGAACUACUCCACCGACACUCAGAGCAAACGGGAAGUGGUGUGUCUGUGCGGCAGCGACGGUUGUCGGGGUCAGUUUACGAUGGAGGAGCAUCUGUGUGACGUGUGUGAGGACGAAGGUGAAACACAGUGACAGGAUAUGAUGUCAUCGUCUCAAAUCUUCUGUACUGUGUUUUUUUUUUAACAAUAAAAUACUUUUUUUGAUCAGCUGUUCACAGCCUUUUAUUUUGGAAGGCUUUGUUUUGUAAUUUCAGAGUUCAAGGGAAAAGUUUCAUCAUCCAAGCUUUUAUUUUGAAACUCCAGUGUAGGAAUAGGAG